CAGUGCUGAGGGGCCGAGCCCGGUGCUCUAUCAAGUAGUCUCAGUCAGCGCCCGAGCCUUGGAAGCCCAGCACGACUCCCGCCCAGGGUCAAGCAGCUCAGCCUAGCCCAGCUUGUCCCGGCCCGGCCUGGUCCGGGCCAUGACAGCCUCCGCCUCUGGGGAGCCGCCCCUGGCGGAGCUGCGGGCCCCGCGCGGGCCCUGAGCGCGCCCAUGGAGCGGGACGAGCGGCCGCACAGCGGCGCCGCAGGCUCCUCCGCUUCUCCAGAGCGGACUCUGGCUCCAACCCCCGCGGCGGCUCCGGUAGCAGCCUCGGCACCGCGCAACGGAUUCUGUCAGGAUGACUCGGUUGAACAUGACCCAGCAAAUAUUUCUGUUUCAGAUGAUCGAGCCGAACAAAGAACUUGUCUUAUCUGUGGAGACAGAGCUACAGGGUUGCACUAUGGUAUCAUUUCCUGUGAAGGCUGCAAAGGGUUUUUCAAGAGGAGCAUUUGUAACAAGCGGGUAUACAGAUGCAGUCGUGACAAGAAUUGUGUUAUGUCCCGGAAACAGCGGAAUCGAUGUCAGUAUUGCCGCCUGCUCAAGUGCCUGCAGAUGGGGAUGAACAGGAAAGCAAUCAGAGAAGAUGGCAUGCCAGGAGGCAGGAACAAAAGCAUUGGGCCUGUCCAGAUAUCAGAGGAAGAGAUUGAAAGAAUUAUGUCUGGGCAAGAAUUUGAGGAAGAGGCAAACCAUUGGAGCACCAAUGGAGACAGUGACCACAGUUCCCCUGGCAAUGGAGUUUCUGAGAGCAACCAGCCUUCACCAGUUUCUACACUGUCCUCAAGUAGGUCUGUGGAGCUGAAUGGAUUCACUGCCUUCAGGGAGCAGUACAUGGGGACCCCAGUGCCCCCACACUAUCAAUAUAUACCGCACCUUUUUAGCUAUUCAGCUCACUCGCCUCUGCUGCCCCCCCAAGCCCGGAGCCUGGAUCCCCAGUCCCACAGCUUGAUUCAUCAGUUGGUGCUUGCUGAGGACCUGGAACCCCUGGGCACACCCAUGUUGAUCGAAGAUGGGUACACUGUAACUCAGGCUGAGCUGUUUGCGCUGCUUUGUCGCCUGGCAGAUGAGCUGCUGUUCAGGCAAAUUGCUUGGAUCAAGAAGCUGCCAUUCUUCUGUGAGCUUUCAAUCAAGGACUAUACCUGCCUCUUGAGCUCCACAUGGCAGGAGCUCAUUCUGCUGUCAUCCCUUACCGUGUACAGCAAACACAUCUUUGGGGAGCUGGCAGAUGUGACCUCCAAGUAUUCACCAUCUGAUGAGGAGCUGCACAGAUUUAGUGAAGAAGGGAUGGAGGUAAUGGAGAGAUUGAUCUACCUGUAUCGCAAGUUUCAUCAGCUGAAAGUCAGCAACGAGGAAUAUGCUUGCAUGAAAGCCAUCAACUUUCUCAAUCAAGAUAUCAGGGGCCUAACAAAUGCUUCACAGCUGGAGCAGUUGAACAAGCGGUAUUGGUAUAUUUGCCAGGAUUUCACCGAGUAUAAGUACCCUCAUCAGCCAAAUCGUUUUCCCGAUCUAAUGAUGUGUCUACCAGAGAUACGAUAUAUUGCAGGAAAGAUGGUGAACGUGCCCCUGGAGCAGCUGCCACUGCUUUUUAAAGCUGUUCUGCACUCCUGCAAGACAAGUGGGAGCAAGGAAUAAGGCCCUCUUACCCCCCAGCCAGCUCCCUGCCCUGGGGGAGCGCAGGGCUCAACAGGAGAGCCAAGAUCAGGAUGGAGGCAGCUGAGCACUGCCCCUCUAGCAUGAAUCUUUUUAUUUGUUUGUUGUUUUUUUUUUAAACUCAUUUUCUAUAUAUUUAUUUCACGACAGAGUUGAAUGUAUGACCUUCAACACAAUGCACAUACUUCUGUAUGAAUUUAAAGAUGCAUUUCCUUACA